UCCCUAGUAAUUCCUCAGCCGGGACGGAUGAAGUUUUCAACGAUAACACACGUCAGCGUGAAGUCGGUUCUACGCGCAGCCGUGGAAUCCGCGCUGCUCUGUGUGACAUUGUGGUAGUCAUGCUGGUGGUCGCCUGCCUCGUCUGGGCCAGCAGCAAAUAUGGCCUUUGCCGUGUUCUGAUAUGCCUGUUUACCGGUGCCGUGUUUGUUAUGGCCGUCGUCGACGACUUCGAGAGACACCUUCAACGCACGCAGCGCCGUCAUUCCUGCAAUAUAGCCCUUGGAAGAUCGCUUGCCCUGUGCACGAAUAGCUGUGUAACCUAUCGGAACGUGUCAUGUACAUCAAGAUAUGUCAACGAAGAACAACGUCCGAAAUCCAUAAUAGGGAUUUUACUCCCCAAAGGCCAUCGUUGCCCGAAUGUGCGUUUAUUGUGGAACCAACGCGUCGUCGGCGAAACGCACUAUGAGGAUGCUGUUGCUUUUGUUUCAGACCUGCGCACCAGUAACGGCUUCUGCAAGAUACCACAGAUGCUAUGGCAGGUACAGGCGGCGUAUAGCGUUUUCUGUGUGCCCGUUAUCUCCUUCCCUUCCUUGUCACAGAGUAGAAGUGUUUUGACGAGUCGAACACCAGUCUAGACUUUGUAACCGAGCUUCAGAGACUCGGUGCGAUCAAAGUUAAAACCUAUUCUCGGCACCUUCGAUUCCCGGCCCUUGAUCGGAAAUCAGAGCAGAAAUCAAGUUAAAAAAACUACACCGCGAGAUCCC